GUUCACAGCAUGUACGGUCUUAGCGUAACUGCCUAUUCACCAAGUUACUUCAGGCAGUCACAGCUCGUGCGCUCUCACUCAGGUGCAGCGUUUAUGCGCAAGAGAAAGUGCUUGACAAAUUAAAUGGCAGAAGCCAGUAUCUCAUGGGCUGAGGAUCAGUUCAGCUGUUCAGUGUGUCUGGAUCUGCUGAAGGAUCCGGUGACGAUUCCCUGUGGACACACUUACUGUAAGAGAUGCAUCACAAACUACUGGAAUCAGGAGGAUCGGAAGGGUAUCCAUGAAUGUCCAUUAUGCAAACAGACCUUCACACCAAGACCUGUUUUAGCUAAGAAUGUGGUGAUUGCUGAAAUGGUGGAGAAACUGAAGAAGACGAGACGCCAAGCUGCUUCUGCAGUUCAUCGCGCUGGAUCUGGAGAUGUUCAGUGCGGCUCCUGCACUGGAAUUAAACAGAAAGCAGUGAAAUCAUGUCUGGAGUGUCGUAUCUCUUACUGUCAAACUCAUCUUGAACAGCAUGAGAAUCUCUUCAGAGGCAAAGGACACAAUCUGAUGGACGCCACUGGACGCCUGCAGGAGUUGAUCUGUCCUCAACAUGAUAAAACGCUGGAAAUUUACUGCCGUACUGAUCAGCAGUGUAUCUGUAUACUGUGUUUGAUGGAUGAACACAAAAAUCAUGACAUUGUAUCAACUGCAGCAGCGAGAACAGAGAAACAGAGACUUUUGAAGGAAACACAGAUGAAAUUACAGAAGAUAAUCCAGCAGAGAGAGAAAGAUCUUCAGGAGCUGAGAGAGGCUGUGGAUUCUCAUAAGCGCUUUGCACAGACAGCAGUGGAGGACAGUGAGAGGAUCUUCACUGAACUCAUCCGCUCCAUUGAGAAACAUCACUCUGAGGUGAAGCAGCUGAUCAGAGAUCAGGAAAGAGCUGCAGUGAGUCGAGCUGAAGAACAGCUAGAGAGACUGAAGAAGGAGAUCGAUGAUCUGAAGAGGAAAUAUGCUGAGAUGGAGCAGAUUUCACAGACAGAUGAUCAUGUUAAUUUCCUCCAGGGUUUUACGUCUGUCUCUCUCUCUGGAUUUACAAAUGGCAUCAUUGUCAGUUCUGAUCUCUCUUUUGAUGAUGUCGUGAAAUCUGUCUCUCAACUCAGAGACAAACUGCAGCAGUUCUCCACAGAGACUAUAGAAAACAUAUCUGGAACAGUGAAACGUGUCCAGGUCAUUUUCCCUCCUGAUUAUGACACAAGAGAGGAGUUCCUACAGUAUUCUCAUCUCUUGACUCUGGAUCUGAACUCAGUGCAUAACUGGCUCUGUCUGUCUGAAGGAAACACAGUGAUGACUGUCUCUGUCACAGAUCAACAUUAUCCUGACCAUCCAGACAGAUUUGAUUCUUGGGCCGAGGCGUUGUGUAGAGAGAGUGUGACUGGACGCUGUUACUGGGAGCUGGAGUGGACUGGUAAUGGGAGAUUAGGAGUAGAUAUAGGAGUGACAUAUAAGAGCAUCAGCAGGAAGGAUGAGGGUCCUCCGAGUGCAGCUGGAUGUAAUGAUCAGUCCUGGAGUUUGUUCUGCUCUCCAGACUGUUGCUCAUUCUGGCACAGUAACAUGGAGACUAAACUCCCUGUGGUGUCCAGCAGUAGAGUAGGAGUGUAUGUGGAUCACAGCGCAGGGGUUUUGUCCUUCUACAGAGUCUCAGACACAAUGAGCCUCAUCCACAGAGUCCAGACCACAUUCACUCAGCCGCUCUAUGUCAUGUAUGGAUUAGGUGAUGAUUCAUCAGUGAAACUGUGCCAUCUGACCAGUUAACUUAUACAGACACUCUACAGAUUAUUUUGCUCUUGUUUGGCUGUCAGAAGUUAUUUUUAUACAACAUAGAACACUUUCAUAUAGUUGUAUUGAAUUACAGUUGUCUUGAUAUCUACACAUGCUGCUAGUCAUCUAGUCAGUUUUAGUUUUCCAAUAUAAACAUUUACUGUACAGUCACAGUUUAUUUUGAAUAAUCACAAUUUUUUUGUAUGGAAAAUGUUUGGCAGUUAAAAACAAUGUACUAAAAAUGUAUUAAGCUAGCUGAAAUCUAGUAUUUUAUUGCAUUUGUUGAAACAUUGCGCUCAAAUGUUUAAGUGCAGAGUAUGUUCAUUUAAAACCAAAAUGAAAUCUCCCACAAUUGUGCUAAAAAGAAUACUCUGCUAAAAGAAUAACUUACUGGGUAUUUUGUCAAAUGUUUUAUUUUGGGUACAAGUUCUUUUCCUUUUUUCACUAAAAUGCAUUUAGUAAUGUUAAUGGAUGAGAUUUUUUAUUUUAUUUUGUUUUUUAAACGAUAAUGUUCCAGUAAUGCAGACAAGCAACAACAGCAACAUCAAAAAUAUACAGCACCUGCCACAGUAUUUCAAUCAUUAAAACAGAUGAUGGAUCCUCUAUACAGGUAAGCAGAUCAAAACAGAUCAGCCUAGAAUAUGAAUGUAAUAUGCUAAAUUAAACAAUGAGCGGUU